UAAGCACCGCCCCCGACCCGGAAGUACUCAGCGGUGGCGGAGGAGCCACUUCCGACUGGCGCAGAUCGGGCUGCGGGCAGCCGCUUCUCCCCCGAUCCGCUGCGAUCGCAGCCAUGGGCAAGAAGCACAAGAAGCACAAGGCGGAGUGGCGCUCGUCGUACGAAGAUUACACAGACACACCACUGGAGAAGCCUCUGAAACUGGUGCUCAAGGUGGGAGGAAGUGAAGUGACAGAGCUCUCAGGAUCUGGCCACGACUCCAGCUACUAUGAUGAUAGGUCAGACCAUGAGCGCGAGAGACACAGAGAAAAGAAGAAGAAAAAGAAGAAGAAGUCAGAGAAGGAGAAGCACCUCGAUGAGGAGGAGAGGAGAAAGCGGAAGGAAGAGAAGAAACGGAAGCGGGAGAAGGAGCACUGCGACUCCGAGGGAGAGGCUGAUGCCUUUGACCCUGGAAAGAAGGUGGAGGUGGAGCCACCCCCAGAUCGACCAGUGAGAGCCUGCCGAACACAGCCAGGCAAGACUGUCCCUGGACCUGAGAAUGAGAGCACACCCAUCCAGAGGCUCCUGGAGCACUUCCUUCGCCAGCUACAGAGAAAAGAUCCUCAUGGAUUUUUUGCUUUUCCUGUCACGGAUGCAAUUGCUCCUGGGUAUUCGAUGAUAAUAAAACAUCCCAUGGACUUUGGCACAAUGAAAGACAAGAUUGUAGCUAAUGAAUAUAAAUCGGUCACGGAAUUUAAGGCAGAUUUCAAAUUAAUGUGUGAUAAUGCGAUGACCUACAAUAGACCAGACACGGUGUACUACAAGUUAGCCAAGAAGAUCCUGCACGCGGGCUUUAAGAUGAUGAGCAAAGAGCGGCUGUUAGCUUUGAAGCGCAGCAUGUCGUUUAUGCAGGACAUGGAUUUCUCUCAGCAGGCAGCUCUCUUGGGCAGUGAAGACCCAGCAGUUGAGGAACCUGUUCCCGAGGUUGUCCCAGUGCAAGUAGAAACUACCAAGAAAUCAAAAAAGCCGAGUAGAGAAGUUAUCAGCUGCAUGUUUGAGCCUGAAGGGAAUGCCUGCAGCCUGACAGACAGCACUGCAGAGGAGCAUGUGCUAGCCCUGGUAGAGCACGCAGCUGAUGAGGCUCGGGACAGGAUUAACCGGUUUCUCCCAGGUGGCAAGAUGGGGUACCUGAAGAAGCUUGGAGAUGGAAGUCUGCUCUACAGUGUGGUGAAUUCAGCUGAGCCUGAUGCUGAUGAGGAGGAGACACACCCUGUGGAUCUGAGUUCACUAUCUAGCAAGUUGCUCCCAGGUUUUACAACAUUGGGUUUCAAAGACGAAAGAAGAAAUAAAGUUACAUUCCUCUCCAGUGCCAGCACUGCACUUUCAAUGCAGAACAACUCUGUGUUUGGGGACCUGAAGUCAGAUGAGAUGGAACUUCUGUAUUCGGCAUAUGGGGACGAGACUGGUGUGCAGUGUGCACUGAGCCUGCAGGAAUUUGUGAAGGAUGCUGGGAGCUAUAGCAAGAAAAUGGUAGAUGACCUCCUGGACCAAAUCACAGGUGGAGAUCACUCAAGGAUGAUCUUCCAGCUGAAGCAGAGGAGGAGCAUCCCCAUGAGACCUGCGGAUGAAGUGAAGGUUGGGGACUCACUGGGAGAUAGUGGCCCCGUUCUGGAUUUUAUGUCAAUGAAACCGUAUCCUGAUGUCUCUCUGGAUGUGUCCAUGCUCAGCUCUCUGGGGAAAGUGAAGAAGGAGCUAGACCAUGAUGAUAGCCACUUGAACUUAGAUGAGACAACCAGGCUUCUGCAGGAUUUACAUGAAGCACAAGCAGAGCGAGGAGGUUCCCGGCCAUCCUCCAACCUUAGCUCUCUGUCCACCGCCUCUGAAAGGGAGCAGCACCCUCCAGGAAGUCCUUCUCGCCUUAGUGUUGGAGAGCAGCCGGAUGUCACGCAUGACCCUUACGAAUUCCUUCAGUCUCCAGAACCUCCAGCUUCUGCCAAGAACUAACUUGUGGACUUUCCAGAUGUUUUAUUUUUUCUUUUUUUCUAAGUUUUUUCCAAUACACAGUUUUUUGUCACAAGACAGAAACUUGUCUCAUCCCCUCUGGCAUAUGGCCCGAGGAAGAUGGCGGCUUGUCUGUACUGUCAUGUCCACAGAAGCGGCCCAACAAAACGGAGUAAUGUCCCAUAAGUUCUGAGCAGUGACAGUAGAACACAACAGGGUUGGUCUCUUCUGCGUCCCAGAAACCAAGCUUGUUUAUGAUGAAUAAUGUGCACACAGUCACUCUACACGAGUCCUGAACAGCUAGCUGUCCUGCAGCUCUCAAAGGGGUGGCUGCAGAACAGGCCUUCAGAGGGUAGCUUCUGUUUUCUAUGUGGUCACUUGAGGAUGGAGUUGUGUCCCUGACAAAUAAUGAACCAGCCCACAUUUUAGAAUGAAGAAUUCAGAGCCAUAAAAUGUUUCAAAACUGGAUGUAUUUGCUGAGUACCUUGUUUGUAUUUGCAAAAAACAUGAACACGGGUCCUAAUAAAGAGAUGCCUAAGGUGGUGACUCUAUGA